AUAGACAUAAACACCAGUGCUGUCUUUAGCAAAUGCCCUCAGCAUUACAGACACACAGACCACAGAUAUCAGCGGUGCCGCAGCACAGACAGCAGCGCUGUGUUCAGCACCACGGACAGCGACAGGAGAAGCGCUGCGCUCAGUGGGCGUUGCUUUGCGUUGCGUCGCUUUGCGCUGCGCUGCUUUAGCGCUCCGGAUUCCGGAGGAUCGCACGAGCGAAAAUCCUCCACAUUGACAUUCAUUGAAGAAGCAGCAGCAGCAGCCGCGGCGGCGCGUGCAGAACUGCUGCUGCCUCCGCGAGGAGCGCGAGGGUUUUAUUCUCAUCCUUACCAUCAUCACUGUCUGAGCGUGCCUUCAUUACAUCACACCGGAUCUGUAGGGUUUAGGAGAACAUGUUCGCGCGGGAAAAUAAGGAGCUGCACCGCCGAGAGGGGUUUUCUUUAUGGUGCUGUUCCGCUCGCGAGGCGCGCGGCUGCUCUCUGCGGUGAAAGGCUGUUUAUUUUCGGCUGGAUUAACAAGUGGAGGAACAAAUUAGGACUUGGUGUUUACUGGCAGCUGACGGUGCCGCGCUGGAGAGCAGAUCGUCUCCUCUGCACGUUCUUCGCACGAGAAAGUAGUGAUGCUGAUGCCUGGAACUGUUUUCCUCAACAGAGAAAACAAAUAACGCUCACUCUCUCUUUCUCGCCACCCCCCCUCUCUUUUUCUCUCUCUCUUUCUCUCUCUCUCUUUCGACCCUUCAGUCUGAGAGAUGGAGGCAUUUUAAGGCUGUGACAAUCACCCUUUGAGCCUCCUUUUCUACUCAAGCUGUAGAAGUUGUCUGGAAGCAGCAGAAGCAUCAGACCCCCGAAGAAACCCCCCCACACCCCCCUCGAGGAUGAUGUGCGCGCGUGAGGUGGACCUGGCAGGUUAAGGAGGUCCAUGCUCAGCCCCCCGCUCUGUUUUCGCUCCUGGCCGUGAUCUCCACUCUGAAAUGAGGAGAAGAUGCUGAUGUGUGACCGAGGCGUUCAGAUGCUCAUCACCACCGUGGGCGCUUUCGCCGCCUUCAGCCUCAUGACCAUCGCCGUGGGAACGGACUACUGGCUCUACUCUAGAGGAGUGUGCCGGGUCAAGAGCAACAACGAGAAUGAGACGAGCCGGAAGAACGAGGAGGUGAUGACACACUCCGGCCUGUGGAGAACCUGCUGUCUGGAAGGAACGUUCCGUGGAGUCUGUAAGAAGAUUGAUCAUUUUCCAGAGGAUGCUGAUUAUGAACAGGAUACAGCAGAGUAUCUACUGCGUGCGGUCAGGGCAUCCAGCAUCUUCCCCAUCAUGAGCGUAGGUCUGCUGUUUAUGGGGGGGUUGUGUGUGGCAGCCAGUGAGUUCUACAGGAGCAGACACAAUGUCAUCCUGAGUGCCGGAAUAUUCUUCGUUUCUGCAGGCCUCAGUAACAUCAUCGGAAUAAUUGUCUACAUUUCCGCGAACUCAGGAGACCCCGGUCAGAGCGACUCUAAGAAGAGCUACUCGUACGGCUGGUCCUUCUAUUUCGGAGCGCUGUCCUUCAUCAUGGCAGAGAUGGUGGGCGUGUUAGCCGUUCAUAUGUUCAUUGAGAAACACCGCAAGCAGCGCGCCAAGUCCCGCACCGAGCUCAUAAAGAAAUCCGCCUUCAGCCGGAUCCCCAGCUACCGCUAUCGUUUCCGCCGCCGCUCCAGCUGCCGCUCCAGUGAAGCCCCGUCCAGAGAUGCCUCUCCAAUCGGCAAGAGUGGAUACACUGGCCCGGCUGCCGCCGAUAUAUCCAUGUACACGCUGACCCGCGAUCCCAACAAGGCUGGAGUGGGAAACCUGCUGAACUCAGAGAGGGAAUUCCUCCAGCCUCACAACUCCAACUCCAAGGACUUUAAGGACGCGGCCAGCCGGAGAACCACGCCCGUCUGACUCACCGGAGUGGGAUUAAUACAGGGUUUAGGGGUGAAUCCAAGCACAACUGAAGUGCCAUGGCCAAGACAUUACAACCAGGGACUUGAGCUGGAUGCCCACAGCAGCAGGGAGAGAACGCUAGUAUGCUAGUACACUGCACUAGAGUGCUAGUCCUGCCGGAAACCCUCUUCCUAUAACAACGUAUACACUGGCAGUCAGGAAGACGUGCACACAUGUUGGGUUGUUUUUUUUAUUGUCACUCAUUAGCCUCCAAUGUUUUGAUGCAAAUGUUGCAUUCACAUGUUUAUGGCAUACAAAAGACAGAUAUUUCAUUGUUUACAAUGGAGCUGCAACGGAAAAUUAUGCCACCGCAAACGGCAAUGUUCCGCAGACCCCAGCGGUGAGCAAAAUGAUCCGUCGAGAACGAUAUUUUCCAAACUUUUACCACCAACUUCAGCAGUGAAAUAAGCCAGAUGUUGAUUUUGUUGAGGAGCCAGGGAUGCCAAACAUCUCAUUGUUAAAUUCCAGACAAACUCAGAAUUAAACAACAAUAAAAGAGAGCAGAGCUCCUCCUACCUUUCCCCUCAUUAAACGAACAAGCUCUGCUCUGAUAAUCACCCAUUUUUGCAGGUAACACGGUCACCAUGCCAGUGUUUUACGUGGCUUCAUGCUGCCGUUGGCUGUGCAUCGUAUGAGGUGCGAAAUAGCGUUUUUUGAACCUCAACAUGUCAACGCAGCAUUAGUGUUUAGCAGUGCUUUGUAGCUCCUCCUAAUGCCUUGAUGACCUCUUAUGUUCAUAAAGUUUUUAAUGGAUUCAUUCUUCACUGCUGUCCACAAUAAGGAUGUACCGAUUUCAACUGUUUCAAAAUGUUGUAAAAAUGAUUGUGAGAAAAAGUGAUGUAAAUGUAAAACCAGCCAUAGCGUGUAAAACCAGAGCAUAGCGUGUUCACCUUGUUUAGCGAAAAGCCCAUCACACUAAAGUGGGUGGGACUGCUAUAGCCACACCCACUCCAAAGAGAAGAAGUCAUGUCAGGCCUAAUCCCGUAAAGAGAGCAGAGAACUGAGAUUAAAACCUUUAAACCAGUACAACACCUUAUGAAGGUGGAGCUCACAGUAGGGGGCGCUGUUGUGCUUGUCAAUAUUAUAGGACAGACAACAAGCUUGUCAUUAGUACAUGGAUGUAGCGUACGUUAGCAUGAAAAAUUCCCCCAAAAACUUAAAUAAAUAAAGUAAAAACUAAUAAAAAAGUUAUAAAAUUAUUAUCUCUGACUGAAGAAUAAACCGUGUUCUUCAGCCAGAUUAUACUUUAGCUUUACAAUACAUCACUGCCAUAAUUGUCAAAAUCCCUCAUAUUGCUUCACUCUUAGUCUAAACGCUAUCUGUUGUAGUUUGACUUUUCUUCUCCACACAUUUGCCAAAAAGUCCUACAGAUUCUCAGCAGGAUUUAAAGAUUCUCAGUGAGGUAUAGAGGUUCUCAGUGGGGUGUAGAGGUUCUUAGGGAAGUUUACAGGUUAACAGUGGGUUUUAGAUUAUCUCAAUGGGGUUUAGAGUUUCUUAGUGGGUUUUAGAUGAUCACAAUUGAGGUUCUUAAUGCAUUUUAGGGGUACUUGAAAGGGUUUAGAGGUUCUCAAUGGAGUUCAUAGGUUUAAAUCUGGAGAUUGUGCUGAACUUUGUCCCGUAAACUCCUUGAAACUGCUAGCUCACUUUUUGUAGCAUCUUGUGUUGUUAGAAUAUUUCAGUCAUUUGUUGUUGUUUGUUUAAUGCCCUAAAUCCUUUCAAACAUCAGAAACAGUUGCUGCACUGUGAGCAAUUCUUUCUGACUGCCAGUGUAUUGAUAUAGAUAGUAUUUGUUAGAUCAUUGGUGCUUCCUUUUAUUCCUCUUUUUUUUGAGUCGGUUCGUUUUUCACUGAGAGUGUAAAUCCAACACGUCCACCCUCGCUCCCUCGCUCCGCUCCAGUGGAACGAGCAACUCUCCUCUCCUCAAUGUCACUCUGAACAGAAACUGCCAUUGGAAUUCAUGAACUGUAAAGAUUAGCCCAGUGAGACUGUGAAAGACUCAACUUUUUCCAAGCUCCUCUCUGUGGAAGUGAAGGGGAGGGGCUGCAGAGGGUUUUGUUUUGUUUUUUGUUUUUGUUUAUUUUUGACAGAAAAACUGACCUGCUGUCCCUCUCCUGGCCUUAUGGACAGCUGCUGGUGAGUGCCUCGUCACACUCGUGCGAUUGUAAACAGCAGCGUCGGUUGCUCUGUCCCAGGCUGGGCGUAUUCAACCCCACCCUCAGUGCCGUUGUCUAUGGGUCCACUUUACUCAAACUUACAUGCACCUACCGACAGGGGCAGGUUUGGUUAUUCUGGGCAAAGACAGGAAACAGGGCUUUCACGAGCCAAUCAGCUGUUAAAUCUUUAUGAUUUUACUUUGCUUUAUUCCUCCCAUCUGUAGCUGUCACUCACUGUAUCGAUAGUACAUCCAGCGUCGAUCAGCACAGGAGCUACGAGGCUGAAAUUGGCUUCUCAUCCAAUUUUCUGUUCCACAUUAAAUAUUACAACUGUUACAUUAUGGCAUCUCAGGCCUCGUCCACAUAUAGUCCACAUAUAUUUGGAUCUUCUAAAAAGGGUUGUGACUCUAAAGAUAUCUGUUAUUAUUAUCAUUAAUCAAAUUCUUGACUUUUUAUUUUCUGGCAGAAAUCAGACUUUAAAUCUGUGAAUGAAAGAUUGAAUUACAGAGAUCUGCAGGUCAGAGUGCUGCUGUGUUUGGAAAGCUGCCAUCAGUUAGAACAAGUUAGAAAAUCUCUGCUUCAGCUCAGCACUCUAAAGUUUAUCCACCACACUCACAAUGUUAUUGACAUCAGAAUGGGCUUGCAUGCUCAUGUCAGUGUUUUUAAGUUGUUUUUUGAUCUUGUGUGGGCAAAGAUUUCUGAAAACAGCAGAGUUCUGCAGACAAAUGAAGAAAAUAAUGAUUUUUAAAAAAAUAAUCCAUGGAUGAGGUCUGAGGAGCCAAAAUGUAAGAAUGGACCAUUUGAGAUGGACUGGAAGCACUGAAUACACAAAUAAGAAGCCAAAUAGGAACUGAGGUUUGUUAGGCUAUGUUGUUCUCCUUGGUAAUAUGUGGCCUUUUUUAGAUUUUUAGGUGUUUUUGUUUCCUGAAGACUCUUGACGUAUGGAAGCACUUGCUUCCUGGGGGCCAUUGGUUCUUGGAGGUCUUUGGCUUUCAGAGGCCUUUGGCACUUGGAGGCACUUGGCUGUUUGCUGCCUUUGACUCCUGGGGGCUCUUACCUUUUGGAGGUCAUUGGCUGUUGGAGGCCCUUGCCAUUUUGAUGCACUUGGCUCUUGGGUGCCUUUCACGCCUGGGGGCUUUUGGAGGCUCUUGGAGGCCUUUGGCUCCAGCAGGCCCAUGGCUCUUAGGGCCCCAUUUGGGCUCUCACAGGCCCUUGGAAAUGGUCUACUUUGCCCAGUAUAAAUUCCGCCCCUGCCGCCCGGUCACCGUCACCCUCCUCUCUAAUUCCCAGCCAACUGCACGCCAUUCCUCCAUUGUUUAGACACCAUUCGACCCAUUCCCACCACUUUUAUGACAGGGUUUCAAACACUUGCUAUUAAACAGCAUCUUCCACCCACCUCAACUCCGGGUAUUACAUUUCUUUCGCUGUAGACCUCUGGAGUCAGGCGUCAUUCUAGUCAAUGUCAUGCUUAUAUAAGGAACUCUGGGUCUAAGCUGUUUUUCUCUAUGAUGAAAAUCACUGUCAUCUCAAAAAUGUUCCAGAGCUGAUAUAUUUUGUCCUGUGUGUACCUUUCCCCUUCAACGUCAAUGGAUCUUCUGAAUUAUGAGGUCAUUCAAGAGCCAAAAACUAGCAUGUAGUGGCAGCCCACACAAAACAGCAGGUUUUGUCCAAAGUGAUGGUCGGUGUUAUUAAACAACAGUGCAAGUUACUGAACAUUAGUAAUUAGUUACAGUUACAAGUUUUUUUUUCCCCCAAAAUUAAUUGAUUUACGAUGCUAAAUACUACAUAUGCCAGUAAUUAGUAUUGAAAGUCACCUUUUUGCUACUUCUAAAUGUUGACAUUCUAACUCUUCUUGUAGGCUGUAUGGUUUUGACAGAAUACCUGGCAACCUGUUUACUUCUGCCUGCUUACAGGCUGUGUUUAAAAUCAAUUCUUAGCUGUUUGGAUGGAGGGGCUCAGUGGUCAGCAGUGCUAACACUGGGGUUUUUCACGAUUAGCCUUGUAAAAGUGAUUUGUUUUGCCAGCUGCUUCAGAAGAUCCAAAUUACUUUUCUGUACUGUUUGAUGUGGUAAGGUUCUCACACCUGCACACAGAUCACAGCUCAGCAGUGUCUUUUCCUCCUUGAUCUCCAGGAGGGAAAAUGACGCUCUGGUUUGAAUAAGCUGUGUUUGUGUGCUGUCGCCUGCAGUCCAUUCAUAUUUUUACACAAAACAAAAGUAAGGACUAAUGAGCCCAUUUCAGUUUCAGCAACUGUAAUUGUGUUAUUUAAUCUGAAAUGGUAAUUAGGUACAUUACUCAUUACACCAAGUAGUGAAAUUACCUUACUUUGUAACUCAUUACUUCCAACACUUGUGGUAGUUUAGAAGCAUGUGCUGGUUUAGGCUGCAGUUUGAGUUGCUGGAGUUGGAAUAUAACAGUGAUAAAGUUUAAUAAUAGACUCACUUUCAUACAACAUCAUUUAAAUGUGCAGUUUCCAUGUAGCAUUAUUCAUAUUUUGACUCCUAAAUGACUUUGGAAUUCAGAGAAAUUUUAGAAACUCAGAGGAAAAUGUACACAGGACAAAAUGUACCUAGUUUGGAACAUUUUUCUUCACCACAGGCUGCGACUAAAGUGAUAUUUUAAAAAAAAGCCAUCCAUCUCAGUGAGCUGCCUGCUUGGACCUGAAGUUCCUAAUUUAGGCAAGACGCUAAGUACAGAAGAAUGACCUAUUAUUUAAAAAGCAUAUAAAAACACAAAGUUUUGGGUUUGUUGUUGUCAUUUACACUAAGAUACAUGUGAUGGGAUUGAAUUGGGUCCCUUGUAUGAAAAUGAUUAAAACUGUAUUUAUAAUUACAGAUAAUAUUAUUCUCAUAGUUUUAACAGAUUAGUGUAUUUAGUAGAGUUAAAAUAAAAAGCGGAACAUUUUAGAGGUGUUAUCUACAUUCAGAAGCUGAAGGGGGUCAGGAGUCUUACAGAGACUCAAUAUAAUCUUCCAAACAAUAACAGCAGUUCAUUUUGCAGCGGUCACUAUGUGUCCGGUAAGGAGUCUCUGGGGUCUCGCAGACUCGGUGGUUAAAUGAAGCUGUGAUGAAAUGAAGCCCCCCGUUGGCUUUUCAGCUUCUUAAUCUCCACCACAGUACAAAAGGUUCAUAAAGUUUCAGAGGAAAAUGCAACAUUAGUGAAAACAGACACUGUAAACAAUGUAGAGCCAUUCAGUACGAUGACGCUAAUCUCUUCUCGCACUUACAACUAUAUGUGAUGUAAAUACAAAGAAAUAGAAUCAAAUACAGUACCUUAGUUAUUUUACUAAUAUCAUAACUCCAAGGGCUUUUGAUUUUUAAAUUAUUUGAGCUUUAAAAGGGCUUCGAAGUAGUUAGAGUCCAACUGACAGAAACAAUAGUUUUGCCCAAGGAAGCGUUUAAAUCACAAAACAUUUACCUACGCUACCUGCUCAUAUUCAUGUAUGCAAAAGACUGUCAAGGCCAGAUGAGAAACUGUUAUGAAUACAAUAAUGCAAUUUAGUCUUCUUUACGUCUCCUUUCGCCGGUGAUGCAGGUGGAAGUAAAUGAGUUUUAAAGCCAUGCAGCUCCAUGGGUGCAUCGCCUAUUUUGAGCCAGAUUUAUGCAGAGCUCAUAAUUUACCUGCCAUAUAUCAUCUCUGCGUCUUUUACAUUCAGCCUCAUCCAUUGUUACGUACACAACAUUAUGCAACUCCAUCAAAGAGAACAUUCACAGAUGGGUUCUUGUUGUAAAUGUUUGAUUUCAGUUGGUUUCCAUUUUGUGUUGUGAACUUGUAGUGUUAUGACUGUGAAACUAAAGGAUUGGUGUUUACUGGGUUCCACAGGGUUAUGUCAUGGGUCCACUUUCAGAUUGUUUUUGUUUUUUUUUCCUCCCACUCUCUCUCUCAGGCCACCUAGUGCCUGUUGCUCCUGCCUUUACAGAGCCGUCCCCAGCAGGCUGCUCUUCCUCCUCCUCCUCUUCCUCACUCCACCACAUCCAAACCUCUGCUCUGCUCCACCUGGACUGUUAUUACUCAGCACAGACCCUCCCACUGGCCGCAGGCCUGACCCACCACUAACGCUGGCCUGCAGGCAACAUGUUGCAUGUUGUGACCUCUCGACGAAGGCAGCAGUCUCAGCUUGAAACAUGCUGUAGAAAAAGCACACCUUUUAAAUACCGUAGUGGAAAUAAUUAAGGUUAUUAUAGCCAGAGAAAUAUUUAAAACUUAGAAAAUAAAGUCAAUUUUGAAAAGCUACAACACUGCACCUCUUUGUCUGCGAUUCUUUUUAACAUGUGUAAGUUUGAUUCUUUUCAUGUGUCUAAUUAGUCGGGUUACCUUGUGUGCUUUAUAGAAAAUGAAUGUCUCGAAUCAUCUGAAUUGCUCUGCAUUUAAUUAUUUGUUCAUGCAGCGCAAGUUUCUAAUUAAAUUAUUAAGAUAACACUAGCUUGAGGCUACAUUGUGAACAAAUCAUAAAAAUGUGAAUUCAAGAUUCUUUGCUGACUUUUCCAUGGAGGUGUCCAGGUCUGAGGUGGUUAAAAAAAAUCAGGAGUUUUUCAGUGAAUGAAAAUAUCAUUCGAUACUAGAAGCUCCAAACUACAGUGACUGUGUUGCCUGUUAAAAUAUACAGGAUUUGUGGUUUUUAUUUUCACAUCAAGACAAAAUAUUUACCACCAUUUUUGUAUUUCAAAUUGUGUAAUAAGUCAAUAAAUCAAUAGAAGUG